UCCAUCCUUGAAUUACAUCAUAAAAAUAGUGAAAUUUCACAAGUAUUUAUGGUCAUGCAAACCCAAGAGCUCUAUUUAUUAUUAGGAAAAAACAAACACACGAUACACGACACACAAAAACAAAAAUGAAAACCAUCCAUUUCUUUGUCCUCCUUUUCUUUGUCCUCCAUCACCUCUACUUCAUCGAUGGCAGAACACUAACAGAACGCCAAGCUUUACUAAGCAUCAAAUCUUCCUUAGAUGACAGCAUGUUAAACUCUCUCUCCUCAUGGAAAAACACAACACACCACUGCAGUUGGUCAUACAUCACUUGCUCCUCCUCCUCUUCUUCUUCUUCUGUCAUUUCUCUUAACUUCACCAACUUAUUACUCGAAGGAAUUCUCUCCCCUGAUAUAGGCUUCCUCACCAACCUCCAAAACCUCACUAUUAAAAAUAACUAUUUUUCUGACCCACUUCCUUCUUUUCUCUCUCUCCUCACCCAACUCCACUAUCUCGACGUUUCCAGCAAUGGUUUCCCAGGUCCAAUCCCAUCUUCUCUCUCUCUCCUCACCCAACUCCGCUAUCUCGACGCUUCAUUCAACAAUUUCACAGGUCCAUUCCCCUCUUCUCUCUCUCUCCUCACCCAACUCCACUAUCUCGACGUUUCCAACAACAAUCUAAAUGGCACUCUUCCCUUAUCGGUCGUUGAGAUGUCGGAGCUCAGCUACCUUAACCUUGGGAAUAACUUUUUUUACGGUGAGAUUCCACCGGAGUUUGGGAAACUUAAGAAGCUUCAAACAUUAUAUCUUGGUGAGAACAUUCUUUCUGGGGGUCUUCCAUUUGAGUUGGGUUCAUUACAUAGCUUAAAAAAUAUGAAUUUUUCUAGUAAUAUACUAUUUGGUGAGAUCCCACAAUCUUAUUCUCUUCUUCAAAACUUAAUCAAUAUCGAUCUUAGUAGAAACAAAUUAUAUGGGAAUAUACCUGAUUAUAUUGGAGAUUUUACGGAGUUGGAAUCACUUUCAUUAGGGUCGAAUAACUUCACAGGGAGUAUCCCACAAAAGUUGGGUACAAACGGGAAGUUGCAAUAUCUAGAUGUAAGUCAAAACAAUGUUAGUGGGAGUUUGCCGGUAAGUCUUUGUAAAGGAGACAAACUCCAAUAUUUGUUUGUAUACGAUAAUUUGUUGGUUGGGCCAAUUCCUAAAAGUUUGGGAAGUUGCAAGUCACUUGAACAAGUGAACAUGGGACAUAAUUUCUUAAACGGAUCGAUUCCUAAGGGCUUGUUUGGCCUCCCAAACAUUUCUAAGGUUUUACUUAAUGACAAUCUUUUUAGUGGAGGUCUCGAUGAGAAAUUUGGUGAUUGUGUUAAUCUUGCGAGCAUUGACCUCUCUAAAAAUAAGUUAUCAGGGAAGUUACCUGCGACUAUUGGAAACUGUUCUAAUCUUCAGUCCUUGAUGCUUUAUAAGAACACCUUCACCGGAAGUAUCCCUCAAGAAAUUAGCUGGUGUAAGCAGCUAUGGACCCUCGAUCUCAGCCAAAAUCAGUUCUCUGGUUUGAUACCCAAUGAGAUUACAGGAAACAAAUCCAUUUGCAAUUUGGAAAACAUUAGAAUACUUAAACUAUCAAACAAUGCUUUGACUGGUGAAAUCCCUCGUUGUGUUGGAAAUACCAGGCUUGAUACAUUAUUUCUCCAAUCAAACAAACUAAAGGGUACCAUACCCGCAAAAUUCUCAAAAUCAUGUGAUUCAUUGUCGUAUCUAGAUCUUAGUGACAAUCAACUAGAAGGAGUUCUACCUAAGUCAUUGUCCAACUGCCGAUGGCUGAAAUUCCUAAAUCUCGGGAAUAAUAUGCUAAAGGAUAAAUUUCCUUCAUGGCUAGACAACCUCCCAUAUCUCCAGGUUUUCAGUGUGCGUUAUAAUGACUUCUAUGGUCCUAUAACUAGCUCAUCAAAGGUUAAGCACCCAUUUCCAAUGCUACAGAUCAUCGACCUCUCUAACAAUAAGUUUUGUGGCAAGUUGCCAGCAAGAUAUAUCAAAAACUUUGCAGCCAUGUACAAUAUGGUCGAGUCUGGUGUUGGGAGUCCACAGUACAUGGGAACCGAGUACGGUGAAAGUCCGUACUCAAUGGUUUUGACAUUCAAUGGUUUACAACAAAAAUAUGAAAAGCUUAUUCUGACGAUGUCGAUCUUUGAUAUGUCCAACAACAACUUUACAGGACGAAUUCCAGAUGUUAUAGGGGGAUUACGCUCGCUUCAUAACCUUAAUCUAUCGCAUAAUGUCUUAACCGGGAACAUUCCUCCAUCAAUUGCGAAACUGUCUUUGCUUGAUGAUUUGGACCUUUCAUCAAACAGACUUACUGGUCGUAUCCCUCAACAAUUAGUUAGUUUAACAUUUCUUGGGAGCUUCAAUGUUUCGAACAAUCUAUUGGAGGGGCCUAUACCUAUUGGUAACAACUUCAAUACAUUCUCAGAUAAUUCAUACAAGGGGAAUCUCGGAUUGUGUGGAAAACCAUUACCUGAAUGCGGAGAAAGAAGCACAAAUAGCACCACUAAUAAUCAAGAUGUUCCUAAAAAUGAUGAUGAACGAACUUUGUCGAUGUGGGAAAUCGUAGUUAUGGGGUUUGGCAGUGGUGUGCUAGUUGGGUUGGCUUGGGGAUACUAUAUGUUCUCAGUAGAAAAGCCCUUUUGGUUUAUCAAGUUGGCUAGCAAAAUGGAAUCAGUGUUGAUUGGUUUUUUUUGACCAACAAUUUGUUAGGCGGUGAAGAGCAUCAAAACAUAAAAAAUAAUCUAAAAAGUCAGCAAUAUGCAUGAGUGUAGCCUUAUUUUCCAAAGUUUAGCACUACUAUUAGUGUGUCAAUUCAUAAUAACAAAAAACUAGCUU